UAACAUUUGGAAAAGCAGAAGAAUGGCAUCAGAAGACAUCGCUAAGCUUGCGGAGUCACUUGCCAAAACCAAAGUGGGCGGUGGACAGUUGAGCUUCAAAGGCCAGAGCCUUAAGCUCAAUACAGCUGAAGAUGCUGAAGAAGUGAUCAAGCAAAUUGAGGAAUUUGAUGGCCUGGAAGCAUUGCGCCUGGAAGGCAACACAGUGGGUGUGGAGGCAGCAAAGGUCAUCGCCAAAGCCUUGGAGAAGAAAUCGGAGCUCAAGAGGUGUCAUUGGAGUGACAUGUUCACAGGGAGACUAAGGUCUGAGAUCCCUCCUGCUUUGAUCUCUUUGGGGGAUGCACUCAUCACUGCUGGAGCCCAGCUGGUGGAGCUGGACCUGAGUGACAAUGCCUUUGGGCCAGACGGUGUGCGUGGCUUUGAGGCACUGCUCAAGAGCCCUGCGUGCUACACCCUACAGGAACUCAAGCUCAAUAACUGUGGCAUGGGCAUCGGUGGUGGGAAGGUAAGGGUUGUCCCCUUGUUGGGAUUGAGAUCAGAACUAGGACUUGGCUUCAGACUGCCCUACACAGAAUUGCAGCAUGAAGAGUGUCACAGGAAAUCAAGUGCCCAGGGCAAGCCUCUUGCUUUGAAAAUAUUUGUGGCUGGCAGAAAUCGUCUGGAGAAUGAUGGUGCCACUGCCCUGGCUGAAGCCUUUGGGAUCAUUGGGACUCUAGAAGAGGUCCAUAUGCCACAGAAUGGAAUCAACCAUCCUGGCAUCACAGCACUGGCCCAGGCCUUUGCUCUCAACCCACUCCUUAAGGUUAUAAACUUGAAUGACAACACCUUUACAGAGAAAGGAGCCAUGGCCAUGGCAGAGACUCUGAAGGCGCUUCGACAGAUUGAAGUGAUCAACUUUGGAGACUGCCUGGUGCGUUCAAAGGGUGCUGUUGCUAUUGCUGAUGCUGUUAAAGAAGGGCUUCAUAAAUUGAAGGAACUGAAUUUGUCCUUCUGUGAGAUCAAACGAGAUGCUGCUCUGACUGUUGCUGAAGCUAUUGAAGAUAAGGCAGAGUUGGAGAAGCUGGAUCUCAAUGGUAACUGUCUGGGAGAAGAGGGAUGUGAGCAACUCCAAGAGAUCCUUGAAGGCUUCAGUAUGGCAGCUGUGCUGGGAUCUUUGAGUGAUGAUGAAGGGGAGGAGGAGGAGGAUGAAGAAGAGGAGGAGGAGGAUGAAGAUGAAGAGGAGGAGGAAGAGGAGGAGGAAGAACAGCAGCAGCUGAAAGAGAAAGGACAGGGAGAACAGGAGUCACUGACUCCGAAGAAGAUAAUCGAGUCACAGGAAUCAACUCCAGUGGCAUCUCCUCCUGUGGACAUUGCCACCUUCCUUGCUUUCCCAUCACCAGAGAAGCUGCUACGACUAGGACCAAAGUGCUCAGGGCUGAUAGCUCAGCAGACAGAUACAUCUGAUGUAGAGGAAGUAGUUACAACUCUUCUAAGGAUAUCAUCAGUCUUCAAAGAUGAAGCCCCAGUGAAAACAGCAGUGCAUGAAACAACAGAUGCCUUGAUGAGAAAAGCCUUCACUUCUGCCACAUUUAAUUCAGAUGCGUUCAUCACAAGUCUCUUGAUCCACAUGGGACUACUUAAGAGUGAAGAGAAGAUCAAAGCUGUUCCAAGCCUCCAUGGUAUUCUUAUGACCUUGAACCAUAUGGUCCAGCAGGAUUACUUCCCUAAAUCCCUGGCCCCAGUUCUCUCAGCUUUUGUCACAAAACCAAACCGUGCUCUUGACUCCUGUUCAUUUGCUCGCCACAUGCUCUUACAAACCCUCCACCAGCUGUAAGAGAAGAGAUGUGCUGCUGUGCCCUUCACUCCUCAUGGGACUGUUGUCAGCAGAGAACUCAGAGCUGCAUGGUGGGAGAGGAUCUCAGAGCCCAUACAGACAUGCUGUACUCUCUUUUUUUUUCUUUUUUUCCCCU